AUGCUGCUGAAUAACAAUGUGACUGAGUUCAUUCUACUUGGGUUAACACAGGAUCCUGUGAAAAAGAAGAUUGUGUUUGCCAUUUUCUUGCUUUUCUACUUAGGGACCUUGUUGGGUAACAUGCUGAUUAUUGUUACCAUCAAGACCAGCCGGGUACUUGGGAGCCCAAUGUACUUCUUCCUUUUCUACUUAUCCUUCUCUGAUACCUGCUUUUCUACUUCCAUAGCUCCUAGAAUGAUUGUGGAUGCAGUUUUGAAGAAUAAUACUAUCUCUUUCAGUGAGUGCCUGAUCCAAGUCUUUUCACUCCAUUUUUUUGGCUCCCUGGAGGUCUUCAUUCUUAUCCUCAUGGCCAUUGACCGCUAUGUGGCCAUCUGUAAACCCCUGCACUACACAACCAUCAUGAGCUGGCGGGUCUGCAGUGUGAUGGUAGCUGUAGCCUGGGUGGUGUCUUGUAUGCAUUCUUCCUUUCAGAUAUUUCUGGCCUUGAGUUUACCUUUCUGUGGUCCCAAUGUGAUUGAUCAUUAUUUUUGUGACUUGCAACCUUUGUUGAAACUUGCCUGUACAGACACCUAUGUAAUCAAUCUAAUAUUUGUGUCCAACAGUGGGGCCAUUUGCACAGUGAGUUUUGUUGUGUUGAUGUUCUCCUACAUUAUCAUCUUGUAUUCUCUGAGAAACCACAGUUCAGAAGGAAGGAAGAAAGCCCUUUCCACCUGCAUCUCCCACAUCAUGGUAGUGAUUUUGUUCUUUGGUCCUUGCAUAUUUAUAUACACACGGCCUGCAACCACCUUCUCCAUGGAUAAGAUGAUAGCUGUGCUUUAUACAAUUGGAACACCUUUUAUUAACCCCCUGAUUUAUACACUGAGGAAUGCAGAGGUGAAAAAUGCCAUGAGGAAGAUAUGGAGCAAGAAACAGAUCUCAGAGGAGCAAAGAUGA